AUGACCAGUGUUCUGCUGCAGCGCAAGUACGGUCUUGAGGCACAGGAGGCUGUGAUAAAUAUCGACCACGCACAACUCUUCUUCAUGUCCGUCCUACUGAACACCAUCGACCCCGAAGGCGAGGCUAUAAGCCUCUCUUCUAAGGGCACACAUGCUUACGAUAAGUACUUCAAGAACACAGACCUGCACAACCAGACCGGCAGUCUGUACCGUGCGGCGACAACGAAAAUCUACCGCUGUGUCGACGGACGCAAAUUUCACCUCCACGGCUCGAUGAACCCGGAGCCGACGCAGAACAGUCUUGGCCUGCCGCACGAGAUGGAUGCGCGCACGCCUGAGGCUAGCUGGACGCCCUAUGCGGGGAAAGUAGGCGAAGUUUAG